AUGGCACACAACAUCCUCAUCACUGGCGCCUCAGGGUACCUUGGUGGAACACUUCUUGCACGCUGGAAAGAAGCCGGCCUCAGCGGUUACGACAAGCUGUUCGCUCUUGUUCGAACAGAUGCGCAAGCUGAAGCCGUCAAAAGUUACGGCGCCGAACCCCUUUCCUUUUCACUCAAGGAUGAGAAUGCCGUCAGAGACGCGGUCGUGAACAACCGGAUCACGAUUGUGUACUACCUGAUCGAUGCCCUCAACUCUGCUGGCCAGAAGAACUUCAUCAAGGCUUUGGCAGAAGUGAAGCGCCUGACAGGAGAAGACGUUCAUUUUCUUCAUACCACCGGGGCAAAGAUUUUCUCGAGCCACGCUGGAGCUCCCACAGAUCGCCCGUUGCUCGACACCGACACAGAUCUGUACAAUGUUCAGAAGGCGCAAAAGGCACCCAUUCCUAUCAUGCAAACCGCCGUUGACACCAACAACAUCAUCAUUGAAGAGGCAGCUGCGCAAGGUGUGAAAGCAUACAUCUUUGCUCCCUGCAUCGUUUAUGGUAAAAAUGAGGGCUUUGGAAACCCUGUUUCUAUUCAGACCAGGGAAAUUGUCAAAGCCGCCAAAGCUGCUGGUCGUGUUUACUCAAUUACUCCAGGACGGCCGACUUGGCCAGUAUGCCAUGUUACAGAUAACGCGACCCUCUACCUCCGAAUUUUGCGUGCUAUCCUCAACGGUGACGAUCCGGGCAGCGGCAAGAACGGUUACUAUCUGGCAUCCGCUGGUAGUGUUGAGUGGGAUGCUCUUUACGCCGCAAUGGCCAAGGCUCUGUUCAAAAGAGGCAUCAUUUCCACCGACGAAGUCGUGCAGGCUGAUCAGAAAGCAGUCGACAUCAUGGCUAAGGGUAUGGGUGUGGAUGCAUCCCUAGUUGAGAUGGGUUUGGCUGGAAAGUGCACAUUCACAUCUCGACAUGGCUCUGAGAUUGGGUGGAAACCUCAAUACCCACCGGAACACAUCCUCGAUGUCGCUGAUGCGGAGGUAGAGCUAAUCCUCAAGAACUUGAAGUAG